AUGUCGUCUAUGCAGCAGCGCAAAAACGAGAUCUUGGCCAAGCGGGCAAAGCUUGCUGAGCUGAAAAAGCAGCGCGAACUGCGCCAGAAGGAGUUCUCCAACAACCGGAACAGCAUCGGGGAUACUUCAGAGAUUGCUUCCCCGGUACCAAGUCGCUCUGACAGUAGAGCUGAACUCGAUGACCUGAUCGCUCGCCUUGUGGACCGUCCUGGAUCAGCUUCCAUCAGCCAUGGCGCGGAAGGCCCGUCGCGCAAAGGAAGUCGCCCAAAUUCAGUGCUGAGCGCCAGCCAACUGAGUGGAGAGAACGCCGAGGCCUUUAGCCCUUCGUCCCGACCGCAGUCGCAGUCCAUUGCCGUGCAGACGGUUGGAGAAGAGCAGCCUUACAGCUACUCCGCGCCGGAAGUCCACGCCCCGCUUCCCCCUGAAGCCAAACCGGAGGUCGUCACAUAUAGCAAGGCCGUGCAAACAGACGGUUUGGAACAACAAACUCAGUCUGAGGAUGGAUCUGUUGCUUCAGAUAACGAGGAGGUAGCUGGUACAGCACGAUCAAGCAAGCGUCUUAGUCGACGAGACCGAGAGCGCGAUGAGGAAAUUCGGCAGAAGCUUCGCAAGGAGAUCGAGGAAGAGUUGCAAGCGACCCACCAAGACGGAGCUGAUGCGGCGACCACACAAUCUACACAACUACGCUAUCCUUUGCGCACACUCGAUGACGACGAGCUGAAGGCUGUCACCUCGUCUGAUGACUUCUUGGACUUCGUGGAGCGCUCCUCAAAAGUGAUUGAGCGCGCUUUAGAUGAAGACUACGACGUUCUUGCAGACUAUGAACUUGGACUAAAUGGAGAUGUAGAGGAGGACGAGGAGACUGGCAAGAAGAGGAGGGGCAUCCGGGAGGUUUGCCAAUUCUGGGACGAGCGAUGGAGCAAAAAGCGUAUGAUCACGGACUUGAGCUUCUCUCCUAAGUUUCCUGAGCUUGUUCUUGCGUCAUACACCAAGAACCCUUCUGCCCCUCAUGAGCCAGAUGGGCUCGUCCAAGUCUGGAACCAACACCUGCAAUCUCGCCCGGAAUACGUGUUCCACUCUACGUCCGACAUCCUUGCAGCCAGGUUUUCUCCUUUUCAUCCUAACCUCAUCGUUGGCGGUUCAUACUCGGGUCAAGUCCUUCUAUGGGACACGCGUUCCUCGCGCGCAGGCGGUGGUGCACCCGUACAGAAGACACCUCUGACUGGAUCUGGACACACUCACCCCGUUUACAGCAUUUCAAUCAUCGGUACCCAAAAUGCGCACAACAUCCUGACUGUCUCCACAGAUGGAGUGGUCUGUGGCUGGACUGUCGACAUGCUUUCCCAGCCGCAGGAAUACCUCGAGCUGACUACGCCUCCUCCAUCCAAGACGGAAGACCUUGCACCAACUACCAUGUCGUUCCCUCAGUCCGAUCCGACCUUCUUCAUUGUUGGUACAGAGGAGGGAGGCAUCUACCCUUGUCACCGCUACGACCGAGCCGGCGCUAAAGCCGGCACCGACCACCGCCUCGCUUACCGCGGACACACUGCGCCGAUCAUGUCCACGGCAUUCCAUCCUGCACGUGGUCCAGUUGAUUUGGGAGACCUGAUGUUAAGUUCCAGUCUGGACUGGAGCGUGAAGCUCUGGCGCGUGCGGCCGCCAGCGACAACUGCCGCUCUCACAUCCGGCAUGUCCUCCGCCCAGGUUGUUUCGCCCAUUCUGGACAUUGCUCGCGAAGAUGUUGUGUACGAUGCACGAUGGUCCCCACACAGACCGGGUGUUUUCUCCCUUGUCGACGGUGCUGGCAACGUCGAGGUAUGGGAUCUUUACGCCGACACCGAGGUCCCCGUUGUGCGGACCACUCCCUCGCGCGGCCCUGGCAGCGUGCCAUCCCGCAGUCUCAACAAGGUUGCUUGGGAGGAGCGCGAAGGGCGGCGCCUGGCAACUGGUGGUCUCAAUGGGGUCGUCACUGUCUUUGAAGUUGGCAAGGGUCUUGGUGGACCGUCGGAGGAGGUGCCUGCGGAGGAAUGGGCAGGCAUGAAGCGCUUAGUGGGGAAACUGGAGCAGAAGGAUCGGAUGGCUUGA